UUUAAUUAUAUUUCUCCUAGGUCGCAAUUCCAGCGGCAGAUUGGAACGAUGUUUUCGACGCGACCAAAGAAGGACCCGCCUGUCCAGCGAUACACGAACAGAAUAUAAUGGAGGAUUGUCUCCGUGUGAAUAUCUACACAACAAAACUACCAUCGGAGAACGAUCCCGUGAAAAGACCCGUAUUGGUAUUCUUCCAUCCUGGCGGUUUUUACCUAUACUCGGGUAAAAGCUCUAAUUUUGGACCUCAGUAUCUACUAGACAAAAACAUCGUUCUUGUCACCGUCAAUUUUCGUCUCGGGACGCUAGGAUUUUUGAGCACCGGUGAUUCGAAGGCACCGGGUAAUUUGGGUCUGAAGGAUCAAGUCGUCGCGCUUCGAUGGAUCCAGAGGAACAUAGCCGCCUUCGGCGGUGACCCCGACAGCGUCACUAUAUCCGGCUGCAGCGUAGGUGGAUUGAGCGUGAUGUUGCACAUGGUCUCGCCGAUGUCCAAGGGAUUGUUCCAUCGGGCGAUCAUGAUGAGCGGCUCGAUAUCGAUGAAAGAACCGUAUGGACCGUACCCGACUGAACAGCUGCACUUGGCAAAGAAGCAAGCCGAAUUACUAGACUGUCCCACCGACACCACUGGCUCUAUGCUAAUCUGUUUAAACUCCAAACCAGUGGAGAACUUCACAGACACCAUGCCCAAGUUUUUUGAGUGGUACGGUUAUCCAAUGUUAAUUUGGACACCUGUAGUAGAACCUGAUGAAGUUCACGGCAUAGAAAGAUUCUUGCCCGAACAGCCCGCUGAACUUUUUAAGAAGGGGAAAUUCCACAAGGUUCCGCUGAUCGCAGGAGUUACUAAAGACGAGUUUGGUGGUGUGGUCACUUUUGUCACCAAGCAACACGAACUCGGGAAUGAUUCAUACGUGGACGAUUUGAACAAUGACUGGUACAGACUCGCACCGAUAAAUUUCUUGUACGAGCGAGAUACACCUCGGUCUAGACAUAUAAGUACCGAACUGCGCCGAUUUUACUUUGACGACAAACCGAUUGGUCCAGACACUUAUGAUGGUCUGGCACAUAUCAACACCGAUGCAAUAGUUACAUAUCCAAUGCAUAGUUCUGUAAAAUUAAUCGCCGAAAACACCGACCAACCCAUCUACUUUUAUGUAUCUUCUUAUCAAGGACGAUACAGUUUUGUCAUGUGGAACGAAACCACACCAUACGGCGUGGUGCAUCAUGACGAUUUGCAAUAUUUGUUCUUUAUGAAAUUUAAAUUUCCAUUCUUCGAAAACGAUGACCCGGAAAUUCCUACAGUAGAACUUAUGACAAGCAUGUGGUCGAAUUUUGUUCAAACUGGACAGCCAAUAUCUCCAGCUUUGGCUAAGAAUGUUACAUGGGAACCUUACUUACCAGAAAAAGACAACUAUCUAGAAAUCUCUGAGGAACCAAGAAUGAAGACAGGACUUUAUCCCGAUAGAAUGCAAAAAUGGGACAGUUUGUUUCCUUUGAAUUCGAAAUAGAAAUCGAUAUCUACAGCCAAUUUCGUAAUGUGCAAUACAUAUACCUACUGACCUAGCUGAUUAAGUCAUUAAGUAAAAGUACAUACAUCAAUCCUAUUACUCAACAAAUGCAAAUACAGUUAUAUCAUUAUUUUAUAUUAAAAAAAUUUCUUUUUUAAUAAAAUUUAUUCCUGCAAAAUUA